AUGAUGGGAGUGGAUGGAGAUAUAAUAGAUUGUGUUCCUAUAACUAGUCAACCAGCUUUGGAUCAUCCUCUACUUAAAAACCAUACCAUACAGAUGAGACCAAGUUCUAUCACGGAAGAUGAAUCUAAGAACACCAAGAAAAAACAAAAGGCUAUAAUUCAGGUGUGGCAAAAGAGUGGAGAUUGUCCGGAAAACACUGUUCCUAUAAGAAGAACAAAGAAGGAAGAUAUUUUACGAGCACAAUCUUUGAAGAGUUUCAGGAGAAAAACUCAUAGACGACGCAUUGCUGAAUAUAAAAGUCCAAAUGCAGGCCAUGAGUAUGCAAUCAUGGAAUUAAAGACGGGAAAGUUUUUCGGGACAGAAUUUACAGUAAAUAUCUGGAACCCAAAAGUUCAAGUUUCAAAUGAGUUCAGCCUGGCUCAGGCUUGGCUUAUAUCUGGAACCCAAAAGUUCAAGUUUCAAAUGAGUUCAGCCUUGCUCAGGCUUGGCUUGUGUCUGGAGAAGGCCCUAAUGCUAACACCAUUGAAGCUGGUUGGCAGGUUUGUGAACAAAUAUACCAUGAUUAUAAUACUCGAUUAUUCGUUUUCUGGACGAACAAUGGAUACCAAGGACCUUCGUGCUACAAUCUGGAGUGCCAAGAUCGGUUUUGUUCAGGUGAGCACUCGUUUUGUUGUAGGUGGAACAAUAUUUAAUCCCGUGUCAGAAUACGACGGAGAACAACAAGAGCUCUCCAUGAAUAUAAGGAAGUAUGACGACAAAAACUGGUGGCUAAAGAUCGGUGAAGAGUUCGUCGGGUACUGGUCUGACGACUUGUUCACUUCUCUAAACGAUGGAGCCACGGUAGUUCAAUGGGGCGGUGAAAUUGUUAAUAUGAUGACAGAUGGGAAACACACGACCACCGAGAUGGGAAGCGGGCAUUUUGCAGAAGAAGGGUUCAAGAAAGCAAGCUAUUUCAAGAAUCUUAAGAUAUAUGAUGAAGCCAAUACUAUGAAGGAACCCCUAGGACUUUAUCCAAAAACUGGUCAUGAUGCAUGUUACAACAUUAAGGCAGGAGAUGCUGGGACAGACUGGGGGGUUAAUUUCUUUUUUGGUGGUCCUGGUCGUAACGACAACUGCCCUUGAUUUGGAUCUGUGUGUGUUCAAAGCUUUCGAUCGAAGAUUUUACAUAUGUACGUGUCUGUCUGUAGUUGAAUAAGAACGUGUGAUAGUCAUGAUCUAAGGUAAACAAAAAUCCACGUCAUCGUACGUAAUUAAUUUUCCUUGAUAUUAUGUGUAUCUGUAAAAGCUUAUAUAUACUAUGUGAUUAAUUUAGGUUUUAAUGA